AUGGCGCUUUCACAUCAAUUGUGUCAUAUACUGCGAAAUGAGACAAAUUAUAGUCUUAUCGACUUUGAUUCUCUGCUUGAACUUGAAAAAUUGAAAAAUGAAUCAACAACGGCAAGCAUUAACAGGGUGAGUAUUUUUCAAUAAUAUCAAAUUUUUCAAAUUGUAUUGAUUUUUUCCAGAUCACCUAUGCUUACAUCGCACCAUUCAUCAUAAUGGUGGGAAUAAUUGGUGACAUUUUAACAGUGGUCACUUUAACUCACCCUCUUUUAAGAAAAGCUUCAAUUAUUUAUACCUAUUUGACACUGCUAGCUAUGACUGAUUUGGUGAGAAAGAAAAAUCGGAAUUUUUGAAAAUUCAAAAUCACGAUUUCAGCUAACUCAAUUAUCGGUUCUUCCAAUGAUACUGUGGUUGCUGAAUGUUCGAGUGUGCUCAAAAGCAUCGGCCUUUUACUAUGCACAUAUUGGAUUCCCAUUGGUAUGAGAUCCAUUGUUUUUUCCUUUCUUUUGAUUUUUUCAUCUAAUAUUCUUACAGGCAAAUGCUUUAAUGGGUGCUUCGGUUUGGAUUGUGGUAUUUCUGACAUUAUCUCAAUAUAUGGCAGUAUGUAAGCCGUUUGCAUAUGGUUUACGUUCUCGGAAAAUAUGCUUCAUACUUUUUGCAUUGGCCUAUGUGUUCAAUUUUUUGAUCUACGCUCCAUGGGCAGCCAAGAAACAUGUUACAGAUAUGAGUGAAUUUGUGCCAGUGGUAAAUCCCUAAUUUUAAAAUUAUGAAGAUUAAUUUUCCUCUAAUUUCAGAGACUUCAUAAUGACAUUUGUCCGUAUGUUGUUUGUGAUCUUGCUGUUGAACCCUUUUGGUUUUCCUAUUAUGUUAUACCACGAGAACUUCUUUCAAGAGUUUUUCCAUUUUUGAUUGUGGCAUUUUUGAACACCAGAAUAUUGAUCACAUAUAGGUAAUAAGAUAACAUAAGCUACAGUAACCAGACACUUUUUAUUUAGAAAAACAAAACGUGAUAGAAUGGAACGAUUGGCCAACUCACAAAAACGAUUUAUGUAUGAGAAAAGCGAGAAAGAAGAAAAACGACUAUUCAUGUUAUUAUUCGGAAUUGUGAUAAUAUUUUUUGUUUGCACAAUUCCCGCGGCACCAUUGACAUAUUUAGUCGAAGACUCGAAAAGUUUCAUUGUUUCGUUCCAGGUAUUUUUUUGUGAAAAAAAGCUUCUCCAAAUUAAUACAAGUCGCACACUUAUAAAUAAGUGCUUUCAGGUAUUCCGCGCAGUUGUCAAUAUUCUUGAAUUCACCAAAUUUGCAUUGAACUUCUAUUUUUAUUGUUUGAUCAAUCCGGAUAUUCGUGGAAUCUGUGCGCAUGUUAUCAUGUGUAGAAAGAUCACAAGGCCUCCUCGAGUUAAAGGGCAACCAACUACACCAAUCUCAAUGUAUACAAGAUCCACCAAAAAUUCAACAAUUCGUGACAAUCACAAGGGAAGUGAGAAAAGACGAAUUGGAGAUGAAUCAAAUCAAAGAGAUAGUGUUAAAAGAUUGGAUGAUUCAAGAAAUAAUUCGUUGAAGUCUGGGUAAAUUUUUCAUUCUCUAAAUUUCUAAUCUAAAAAACAACCCUUUUUUUUCAGACGCGAUAACACACGAAAAGGUGUUGCGGCGGAUAGUCUCAUCGAAAAACUCACCGUGAUCAAAGAAAAUGAAUCGGUGACUUCAGAAACUGGUGAUCGUGUAUAA